GAGAAGCUUUGCUCUACAUUGUCAUAAGCACUUUGUAUCCUCUGCCCGCAAUCGUAUAUGUUUAUGUUGCAGUGUAGAAAUCCAGCUGGAUUUGUUUUCUUGGAACUCAAGUGCUGAGAAUAUUGCGCGGGAUUGAAGCACUCCCGUUGAACUUGUUUCCCAGUAUGUUGAGUGCUUUGAAGCUGCAAAGGUCAGAACGAAUUCAGAAAACAAUGCGUGACGACAAGGAAAUAUUGUUAGAUGGAGAGAGUUAUCUUCACAUUAUUCAGAUAGAUGAACCUGAAAAUGUAUCAAAUGAAGAGCAAAUACCUGCAGAGAUGGAUAUUGUUGAGGACGAGCCACGAUCUUAUAGAUUUUUGCACAAUUGGAACACUGUGGGAAUUUGCCUAUUUUAUAAUCUAUGCAUGAUUGUGCUAUUGGUGUUAAUAUUUAUAUACAAACGAAAGAAUUAAAGCGAAAGAUUUGA